AUUUUUCUAGGCUACCCGGCUCAUCAUAAGUGUUAUCGCUGUCUUGAUUUGGCAACCAAUAAGAUUAUUAUCUCGAGGCAUGUUGUUUUUGAUGAAACCUCUUUUCCCUACCUACAUUGUCCCGGUGUCUUCACCACUUCCCCAUUUUCGCAGCCCAUUUCACCUUAUGGAUUUUCCUCCCCUUAAGCCCAUUUCUAAAUCUUCCUUGGCCCAAAACCAUGACCUGCCCGUGUCUACUACCUCCCUAAGUCCAAUCUCACCUCAGCCCAUUCUACCUUCUUCUCCAUCAUUGCCGGCCUCUCCCAAGUCAAUCCCUAAUACUGUAUCAUCAUCUUCCCCUUCCUUGUCCUUACCUUCUCUCUCUUCCUCCACAGCUUUGCCCUCUUUACCACCAUCGGAGUUUUCCCCUUCUUCCACAGAUUCCCCUCAUCCUUCUGUCGAACUCCCUGCCUCCCAUGCUACCUCUUCCAUGUCUUCUUGUUCCCUUCCACUGUCCCCUGUCUCCUCGCUCCCACCUUCCUUGCAGCCUCCUCGGCGGAUCCACCCGAUGAUUACCAGGUCUCAAGUUGGCACUCGAAAGCCUCGGGUUCUGCCAUCCUUGCUUGCUACCGGAGCUGACAUCAGGGAACCAAAAACCUUUAAACAAGCCUGUCAAUUCUCCGAAUGGCGUUCUGCAAUGGUGGAUGAGUUCUUGGCUUUGCUAAAGAAUAACACUUGGUCUCUUGUGCCUCGUCCUUCAACUGUCAAUGUGGUUGGCUCCAAGUGGGUUUAUCGUAUAAAACAGAAGGCUGAUGGUUCUAUUGAGCGCUUCAAAGCUCACCUCGUUGCUCAAGGGUUUACACAACAACAAAGUAUUGAUUAUGAUGAUACUUUCAGUCCUGUGGUCAAGCCUGUUAACAUUCGAACUGUUUUGGCAUUAGCUGUGAUGUAUUCUUGGCCUAUUCAUCAACUUGAUGUGAAGAAUGCCUUUCUUCAUGGGCGGCUUUCUAAGGUUGUAUAUAUGUCUCAGCCUCCGGGGUUUAUUGAUCCACAAUAUCCUGAUUAUGUUUGUCGGUUGAAUCGUGCUCUUUAUGGCUUGAAGCAGGCGCCUCGUGCUUGGUUUCAAAGAUUUGCAUCUUUUCUGUUUACUCGAGGUUUUUCUCAAGCUCGCUCCGACAGUUCUAUGUUUCUUUAUCAUUCUAAUGGUGCUAUGGCUAUUCUUUUACUUUAUGUGGAUGAUAUUGUGCUCACGGCUUCCACUACAAUGCUGCUUCAUGCCAUUAUUUCUUUGCUGAAAAGUGAGUUCUUGAUGACUGAUUUGGGGCAGCUUAAUUAUUUUUUGGGUAUCAGUGUUAGUUUCAAUUCCGAUGGAUUAUUUCUUUCUCAGUCGAAGUAUACUCAUGAGCUCCUUGAAAGAAGUGGCAUGCUUGAUUGUAAGCCAGUGGUAACACCUAUGGCACCCAAGGCCAAAUUGUUUUCUACUGAUGGUCCAGCUUAUUCUGAUCCGGCAUUCUAUCGAAGUAUUGUGGGUGCCCUACAGUAUUUAACAUUUACGCGCCCAGAUAUUGCUUUUGCUGUUGGCCAAGUUUGUCAGCAUAUGCAUGCUCCUACUCACAAUCACUUCACUGCUGUCAAACGGAUAUUACGCUAUUUGAAAGGUACUCUGAAUUAUGGUCUUCAAUUAUUUCGUAAUUCCUCUCUUUCUCUACAUAUGUUUACGGAUGCUGAUUGGGCUGGGUGUGUUGAUACUAGAAGAUCUAUUUCUGGUUUUUGUUUGUUUCUUGGUAAUUCUUUGAUUUCUUGGUCUUCCAAGAAGCAAAACACUGUCGCUCGGUCCAGUGCUGAAGCUGAAUAUUGUGCUAUAGCCAAUGCUGUUGCUGAGGUUCUUUGGGUUCGUCAACUGCUUUCUGAGCUACAUGUUUUCCUUCAUUCUCCUCCUAUGGUUUAUUGUGAUAAUAUCAGUGCCAUUUACAUGUCUCUCAAUCCAGUUCAACAUCAACGGACGAAGCAUAUUGAGAUUGAUAUUCACUUUGUUAGAGAGCGUGUUGCUUCUGGUAUUAUUUGCAUUCAGUAUGUUCCUUCUUCUGCCCAACGUGCUGAUGUCCUCACCAAGGCUCUCUCUUCUGCUCUUUUCCGAUCUCAAAGGUCCAAUUUGAGCGUUCUUUGCUCUCCCGCUCAAAUUGCGGGGGGAUGAUAAUAUAUAUCAUAAUACACGUGUAUAUCGUAUAGGGUUAGAAGUGUAAAUAUACUUCUAUACAUCUUGUAUAUAUACCCUGAUUAUAACCUAAUAAAGAUUGAUUUAGUCU